AUGAAACUCUUUAGGCCGCUGUGGACACACUUCAAGCCACUGGCUGAAGAGAAGAGCGUCGAUAAAAUAAAGCAUCUGCCUGUUCUGGCCAAGGAAAUAACGCAGAUAUUGGAGCCCCGUGAUGGCCAGUACUUUAUUGACAUGACCUUUGGCGGUGGUGGACACACGAAGUACUUGCUGAGUACACACAAGAAAAUAACCAUAUUUGCACUUGAUCGAGAUCCAGCCGCCUUUCAGCGAGCCAUCGUACUCGCUAAAGAUGUUGAUGCCAAGGAGAACGGUCAGAAGGUUAUUCCUCUGUUGGGGCGAUUCAGCGAACUGUCGACGCUGAUGGGUAAACUCAAAGUGCCUAAACAUUUUGUGGAUGGCGCCAUCAUGGAUCUGGGCGCCUCGUCUUUUCAAUUUGAAGAAGGUCCCCGAGGGUUCUCCCUGCGGGCAAACGGGCCACUGGACAUGCGAAUGGACGCAGAUCGAUUUCCCAACAUGCCCACAGCGGCGGAUGUGGUCAACACGUUAGGCGCCGAAGAGCUGGCAAAGAUCUUCAAGACAUAUGGCGAAGAGAAGUACGCCAUGAAGGUGGCGCAGACUAUCAUUGACUCUCGCUUCAUGAUGAAGAGCUUGAGGACGACACAGGAGCUGGCCACACUAGUCGCUAACGUUCUCGGCGGCGAACGGUACGACCAGCUGGGGCGCAGUGCUCACCCUGCCACAAAGGUCUUCCAGGCGUUGCGAAUUUUUGUUAAUAAUGAAAUGAACGAAAUCAGCCACGGCAUCGACACAGUGUCUCGCUACCUAAAGCGCAGUGAGCACCCGCAGACUGAUGACGACAACGACCUGGUCACUGAGGAGAGAGCCAAGGGAGGACUGCUGGGCGUCAUCUCGUUCCACUCACUUGAGGAUAAGAUCGUCAAGGGAAAGUUCGUAGGACUGAAGCCCACCAAGGCGGAAAAGAACACCAUCGCCUACGAGCGCCCUGACCUGGAGCCGGUCAUCGAGAGGGAGCGAAAGACGUGGAAGUUCUACCAGACGAGAAUCAUCUACCCAAGCGAGAAUGAGGUCAAUCUGAAUCCACGCUCGAGAUCGGCAAAGCUGCGCUUUGGAGUUCGUCUGAAUGAUGCUUAA